UCUCAUAUCUGGGUUCGCGUCGAUUUCUCAUAUCAAGGUCUUCACCACGACACGACGAGGCGAGGAGAGCGAGACGACGACAAACGCGGGUUGUGAUGUGAAUCUGGUCAACUUUAGCCUUAACACCUGAUAUUUUACAGCAAAAUUACUAUUCACAAUGGAAUCCUCAUCACGUCUUUUAGUAUUUUUGGGACUCUCGUUUACGGGGCUUACUGCAGCUGCUGUCUAUCUUCUUCUGCGCAAAGAUGAAGAAACAGGAGUGGAGGGUGGUUUAAGGACCUCGCAGAGAACUGUUAUAAAAGUUCAAGUUCCUAAUGAGUGUAUUGGGACUGUUAUUGGACGGGGUGGCUGCAAUGUUAAAGCUAUCCAAGAGAAAACAGGAGCUCGUAUAAACUGCAGUGAUGAACAGGGGAAUGACAAGUUUCGAGUGGUUAUUAUCCAGGGAACAAGAGAUGCUGCUCAGCUGGCAGAGUCCAUGAUCCAUGAAAUCGUAACCAAUCAACCUUUAAUAAUAUCUCAUGAAAUGCUUGUACCUAGUAGAGCUUGUGGACGAAUAAUUGGUAGAGGUGGUGAAACAAUAAGGGGCAUGACUCGUGUCUCAGGUGCCAAAAUAUUGGUGGAUAGCACUGGUCAGAAUGAACGAUCUGAGACAAGAAUAGUUCUGAAAGGCACUUCUGAACAAAUCAAUUAUGCCAAAUCGCUUAUUGAAGAAAAAGUUGCUGAGGAGGAAGACAUGCGCCGCAGAUUUGAAACAAGUUUUUCUAAUAGAUCACCAAGAAGAGAACCUAAAGAUAAUUACAACUAUUUAGUGGCCCCUCCUGAUGAGCAGGAUUCACAGCCAACAGCAUUCAAAAGAGCUACAUUUGAUUCAAGUCGCUCUGAUGGCUUUUUUGAUGUAUUUGUAUCUGCUGCAGUUGACCCACACCAGUUUUGGGUUCAGUCUGUCAGUCCCAGGGGUGUAGAGUUGGAUCAACUUGUUGAUAAAAUGACUGAGUAUUAUGGUAACCCUGAAAAUCUGGAGAUGCACACUCUCAAGGAGAUCAGAGUUGGGCAAAUUGUUGCUGCACCCUUUGAGCAUGAUGACAAAUGGUAUAGAGCAGAAAUAGUAUCAAUUGAAGAAGAUGAAUACGAUCCAACUGAAUCAAAAGUGACUCUUUAUUAUGGAGACUAUGGAGAUGAAUGUGUAGUUAAACGCAAGCAGCUGUUUGACUUGCGCACUGAUUUCUUAGGUCUCUAUUUUCAAGCCAUUGAGUGUGCUCUGGCCCAUGUCAAGCCAAUUGGUGAUAAAUGGUCUACUGAAGCUGCAGAUCUGUUUGAAGAAUUAGCUGAUGUAGCUCUUUGGCAAAAGAAGGUUGCCCAUGUUGUGACUUAUCGAGAAAGCGUCCACAAAAGAGGUCAGCGUGCUGGUAGCCCAGUGCCAGUCAUCGAACUCCAUGACAAGAACAUAAAUAUUGGAGAGGAGCUUGUGAAGAAGGGCUUUGCGGUCUGGGAAAGUCCAUCUCCUAAUGAAACCUCUGAUGAAAGCAACACAUCUAAACCAAACCUUAUUGCUUCCUCCCAGAAUGCUUCAUCCUCUCAAAGACCUCAGUCGCUCAACAAAACUGUGAACAAUGUUAAGCAGAGCCCCAUUGUGAAAAGUCCUGAUCCUCUCAAAAUGUCACCAUCAGAAGUGUUUGGCCCAGAGGCAUCUACUUCGAAUGCAAAGAGUAGCAGUUCAGACUCUUCUUCAUUUUUAAAACAAGAAAGAGGCAAGAAAGCAGCUGGUGGUUUUAGACCAAAAACCCUUGAACCCUUGAAAGAUUCAAAGAAGACUCAAAAGAAUAGUGAUCCUGUGCAAGUUGUAUUUCUUCCAGAGGAUUAUAGUGAUGACGAAUCUGAUGAUGGUUUCACUUUAGGUUAAAUUCACACUCAAGUCAACGCAUGCAUUUAUUUAUCUUGUGUCAUGUACAGUGAUUCCUAUCAUUCAAUAACUGUUAGUUAAGGAUUGCUGUAAGUGCAAUCAUGCAUACAUCUCAUUAUCUUUUGUUUCCAAGCAAUUGUUAUUGGGUUUGUGAACAAAAUGUUUAUCAUAUUUAUUGACAGAGGACAUAGUUACAGUUGCAAUACCAUUGAAGCGUGCUCAGAAAUUUUAAAUCAAAAAGUACUAGUUUUGUUUUUUAUUGCAUCAAGUUAACAUACAAUUUUGUUGUGAGUGCCAAAUUAUGUCUUGCCAUUAUGCCAUAAAUGACAUGUAAACUUCUAUUGUUAAAGAAAUUUAGAUGGAGGGAAUCUCAUAGGAGUUUUAUUUUAUUAAUCUUAGGUAAUAUCUGUGAUUUCUGCCUUUUUUUUUUUUUUUGGCAGUAGUAGAGCAGUAAAUUAAUUUCUUGCUUGGAGUAUAAGCAUAAUUGCUUGAUCGCACUGUUGUGAAGUAGAGAUGUCUUCUGCCUUUCUGUCAACAUUUGUAUUAUAUAACAUUAAAGUUAGGUUUCUUUUUUAGUUACAGGUAUCAAAUGUUCCAUGCAUACACUGUAAUGAUAACUUAGGACUACUGCUGAAUCAGUUCGUGUCCAGAGAAAGAUCUUUCAUAUACUAUAGGUAUUUUAAAUGAAUUGGGUGCUACCAGAAUGCAUUAUUUUUCUACCAUAACAUUCUACUGUUAGUCUGAGAGUGAAAUAUAACUGUUUUCUGUUA